UACCAAUCCGUCUUCCUCGUUCAGAGAUAAUAUGGAUGCUAGAAAAGGAAUGCCUGAUUUGGCUGUGGGCGUAAAGCAUGAAGUGAGCUCCGAAGGUGUAUAUGAUGUCCCUCCUCCCAUAGCCAAGGCAGCCGCCUCUUCUGAGCUGACACCACUCCAGCAAGGCCUCUACGAUGUUCCAGUGAGCCACCAAACUCAAUUUGUUGGACAGCAAAUAGUUCCCCAGGCAGAUAUUUAUGACACCCCUCGGGGAAUUGCCUUUCCUGGACAGCAUCUAGCAUUUGGUGAAAGUCUGAAUCCAGAUGGAAAAGAAGGAAUAUAUGAUGUCCCUCCACAGGUCACCCAGGACACCAAAAGGCUACAGGAUGCUACCGACGGGAUAAACCGGUUGUCUUUUUCAAGUACAGGGAGCACCCGGAGUAACAUGUCCACUUCUUCCACCACAUCAAAGGAAUCUUCUUUUUCAGCUAGUCCUUCUCAUGACAGAAGGAUAACCCUGGAUCCCGACUCAGCCAUCGAGAGGCUUUAUUGGAAUCAGAACACAGUCGAAAAUACAGUCUCCAGUUUGAUGGCCUUCGUCCACCCUGACUGGCGAUCGUACGAGAACAUGGAAAAACAUAUCAACAAGAUACAUACUGCGGUUGACAAAGUGGAACAGUCACUGGUUGACUACCUCCAUUUCACAAAGGGGGCAACUGCCAAUGCGUCCUAUCUGUCAGAGCUUAGUCUCUACAAUAAAAUGAGGAGGGAGCUGCAGAGGUUAGAAGAUUCCUAUCAGAUUUUGACCCAGAUUAGCCACGACCUCAGUAACUGCAGCUGGUCCUUGAAUGUCCUAGCAGUUAACAAGCCUCAGAACAAAUGUGAUGACCUGGAUCGUUUCGUGAUGGUGGCAAGGACGAUCCCAGAUGACGCCAAGCAACUGACCACUAGCAUCAGUGUCAAUGCAGAGGUGCUCUUCAAACAAGGACCUUGCAGCUCCUAUAUAAAAAAUGCAUCGGAGGGCGUGAAUCCUACCGCUGAUUAUGUGUAUGAUAAUCCUCAGGCUCUAACAUUGCACCCUGGAGAUAAAAACCAGGACCACUGCACUUCUCUAUCCCCACUCCUGUCUAAAAACCAGCCUUACCAAUGCAACAGCAAUAACAGCUUAGAAAAGAGCUGGAUGGAUGAUUACGAUUAUGUGCACUUGCAGGGGAAGGAAGAGUUUGAAAGGCAACAGAAAGAGUUGCUGGAAAAAGAAAACAUUGUUAAGCAGAACAAGAUGCAGCUGGAACAUCAUCAGUUGAAUCAGUUCCAGCGAUUGGAACAAGAAAUCACAAAGCCAGUAGAAAAUGACAUCUCAAAGUGGAAGUCACCUCAAAGUCUUCACCCAGCAAAGAACUUGUUAGCCACUCAAGAGAGGCAGCUUCUUUUGUUUUAUUCAGAACAAUGUGAAACUCAUUUCAAUUCCCUCCUGAACGCCAUUGAUGCCUUCUUCAGCUGCAUCAGUGCUGCGCAGCCCCCGAGGAUCUUUGUCGCUCAUAGCAAGUUUGUCAUCUUAAGUGCUCACAAACUGGUCUUCAUUGGCGAUACCCUGACUCGGCAGUUGACAACUCAGGAAAUGCGCAACAGCAUCAUGAAUUCCAGCAACCAGCUGUGCCACUUGCUCAAAAGCAUUGUUAUGUCAACCAAGGUGGCGGCCUUGAAUUAUCCUAGCACAUCGACGUUGCAAGAUAUGGUGGACCGUGUGACAGAUCUUUCCCACUAUGCGCAGUUGUUUAAGUGUUCUUUGAUUCACAUGGCAUCUCACUGAGAUGCACAGGAAGGACUCAGACCAACAAGGAACUGGAACGUGUCUUUUAUAAUAUGUACAGAUUUUAAACUUGAUUAUGUAUUUUUUUUUCUGUAGAUGUUUUUAUAUGGAAAUUUUUAAAUUCAUUUUAUGGGUUAGAAAUUACAAAGAUUUUCAGCAAUCUCAGUCUAUUGGUUUCAAUAUACAUUUAUAAAUAUUAAAUGCAUUCUCAUGUAUGUAUAUGUGGGGACAUUUCAUAGAAUCUAUUAUGUCAGCACCUUAACAAAAGCAUCCAUCAGUUCUGUGAUGUAUAUAGGGGCUUAAUUUUAGGAUACCCAUUAACCUGAUGCUACUUUUCCCUUUCGGGGUGUACAAUGUAUAUUUUAUUUUAGCUUAAUUAUGUCAU